ACGGAUCCAACCGUGGACCACGAGGCAUGCCCGCAUGCAGUGUAUCCAACUUGAUCUAUCUUGACAAGCUCUUUGGAGUGUCGGGAACAGCGAAAAGUUCGAUCGUACCAUGGCGCCAGGUCUUUGCGAGAGUUGCCACAAGAAACCAACAUUUGGCACUCACAAAUAUUGCGGAAAGACGUGCGCCUCUCAAGCGAACGGACUUAGAGGACCUGCUCAUUUGCAACCAAAGGCGUCCAGCACGGGUCGCAAUCGAGCAGCACCACCUGGAAUACCCCAGAAAGCGGUUCAACUUUGCGAUUAUUGUGGAAAGAAACCAAAGUUCAGCAACUUCGACUAUUGCACCAAAUCCUGUGCGGCACUUGCAAACCCGUCGCAGAGUAACCAAGCAACCGUCCAGGGAAAGCAAGCUACGAAACCGAACGCACCUCACGUUCCCUACCCACCCCAGAACGCUCCUGCUCCUAAACGUCCCCACAACGUGACAAAAGCACCCCAGGGGAAAGUCCCUGUAUCUCAAGAUGAUACCUCCGAUGAAGAGGAAUGCGACGAGAGUGAUGAGAAUACGGGUACCGACCUAAGUGCUUAUCCAACAGAUUCUGAUGAGGAAGAGCCGCCGGGGAACCCUACCGUGCAGUCGUCACGAAGUGCUCCUGGGACAUGUGCCAUUCCACACUGUGGGAGGCGGUCACAUUGGGAUUGGAAGCACCCUGCAUUAUGUGCAAACGCUACCCGCAGAGUGGCUCCGAUUACUUUUGCUCGUCGUCUUGCAGGAACCAAUCCAUGUCGAAGACCUAAUCAACGUGUCUUCCUCGUCACUCGUUGUGUGUCACUGCAAAAUCGUUGUACCGUUCACCUGGGGGCAGUGCCCUCUUUUUCCUGAUAUCGGUGGUGGUUGAGGGCGUAAAGUGCACUUACCUCCUGCCCAAUGUACAUCAAUUCAAUAGUAGAGGAAAGAUUUGGUUUGGUCGUGGAUAGUGUAAUCUUGCUUACGUUUGCCUAAACGAAAAAAUACC